CUCAAAAAAAAAAUUUUUUUUUUUUGUGGAGAUGAGGGUAUGCACUUUGUUGGCCAGGUUGGCCUCUAACUCCCAGCCAAGCAAUUCUCCUGCCUGGGAUUACAAGCGUGAGCCACCAUGCCUGGCCUCAAAUAUUGUUGAAUGGCUAGCAGUUAAGUCCUUGGGUUUAUAAGCAUUUUCUCAACUGUCUUCCCAAGUCCCCAUGAGACAAAAAACUCAUAAAAUCCCACCUUACAGAAGAGGCAGCUGGCCCAGCACAGAGAUGCUGUCUGCCGCAGGUCACACAGGGUGGCAUCUGACACCUGUCUGAGUUCUUCACUCAGAGUCUUUAAAUAUAAUUAGCGUAUUUGACAUAAUGUACAUUAAAAACUAUAAACCUGUCAGCCUUUGUCUACUGCAAAGAAUCCACUACAAAUAUUGGGGCAGGGAUCUGUUCUAGGACCAUAGUAGUGUCUCCAGACCUCAUGGUCCUCUUCAUUAAAACAACAGAAAAUUCCUUCUGGGCCAUCAGAUGAGAUCAUGAGAUAGAAGAUUUCCAAGUGAAGAUUUUGUUUGUUUCAAGACAGAGUCUUGCUCUGUCACUCAGGCUAGAGUGUACUGGUGCAAUCCAUAACUGUGGUGACAGCCUCGAACUCUUGGGUACAAGUGAUUCUCAUGCCUCAGACAACACCCAACUAACAUUUUGGUUUUUGUAUAGACAGGGUCUUGCUAUGUGGCUUAGGCUGGUCUUGAACUCCUGGCCUCAAGCAGUCCUCCCACUUCAGCCUCCUAAAGUGUCAGGAUUACAGACAUGAGCCACCAAGUCCAGCCUGAAGAUUUUUUAAAAAUUAUUGUUAGUAGUAGUCGCCAGAGUUACUACAUCCAAAGUCCCUACUAAGUUCUAAGUAGUCCCUACUAAGUUCUAAGGCAGUUUCUCAACUCAUUAGGGUUGUUUUUUGUUUUUUGUUUUUAAAGAAAAAAAGAGGCUGGGCACCUUAGGAGACCGAGACGGGAGGAUCGCUUGAGUCCUGGAGUUUGAGACCAACCUGGGCAACAUGGGCCCCCAUCUCUAAAAAUUUUAAAUUAAAAAAAUGUUUUAACAACAAAAAGCGUUCUGGGAGUAAGGGGCUGGGGCCUGGGCGGCCUCAUUCCAUAUACCUGUGUCGGGUUGAGGAGUUGGAGACACGUUUAGAGACCCCUCCACUCUAGGAAUCCACCUCGAGAGAUAAAGGUCCCGGCCCUAGCCACACCCCCAGGACACGGCCAGAGGCCACCUCCCUAGGCGGGUCGCUCCCCACCGCCAGGUUCCUGGAGCGCGUGCGGCGCGUGUGCAGGGGUAGGGGGCCGCGGGCGCGCGGACUGGAGCGGCGCGCCCCUCCCGCGUGUUGAAAUUCAAAAGAGGCGAACGGCCCCCGGCGCGGCGGCGCGGCUCCGGUGGAGAGGUCAAGGCAGGGGCCAGUCGGAGGCUCCCGGGGCGGGGUCGAACCCGCGGCCAACCUGAGCAGCAGCGGAAGCUUAAAGAGCUCAGGUUCCCGCCCCCCGGCCCUACCAUGGCUACAGAGCAGUGGUUCGAGGGGUCGCUGCCCCUGGACCCUGGAGAAACACCGCCUCCAGACGCCUUGGAACCUGGGACGCCGCCCUGCGGAGACCCCUCCUGGUCGACGCCCCCUGGCAGGCCUGGGAACCCAUCUGAGCCGGAUCCUGAAGAUGCCGAGGGGCAGCUGGCUGAGGCCCCGGCCUCCACGCCUUCCCCCAAACCUCUGGUCCCCCGGCCUGGGCCAGCACCUCCCCGCCUAUCCCUGGACACUUUGUUCAGCCCCAUCACCCAACAGCUGCGCUACCUACUGAAGAAGGCAGAUGAUUUCCAGAGCUACUUGCUCUACAGAGACCAAGUACAGAAGGAGCAGCUGGCCAAGGCCAUGCCCACCUUCUUACAGAUGUGUGAGCCCUACUUCCUGUACCUGGAGGCAGCCGCGAGAAGCAUACCCCCCAUCUAUGGACCCCUGCAGGAGCUGGUCCGAAAGGGGCUGUUAGAGAUCUCCCAACAGCUGACCCUGCGCCUGGAACAGCUGGUCCUCAUGUACGCUUCCUUUGGGUUCGUGGACCUGGAGGAGAUGAACCCUCUUAGCAUCUCCUGUUUCUUUUGCGGGAGGUUCUCCAUCAGCCUGUCCCAUGAGGUCUCCAUCUUCAGAUACUGUGCCCCAACCGCCUACACUGCCAGCCGCUUCCCCCGCUACCUCUAUAAGAAGAUGCGCUGGCACCUGGAAGCCACCCCAGAGGCCCCUGGUCGGGGACAAGAUUCCCUUGUGGAUUACUACUUUCUGUGCUAUCGAGAUACUUGGGAAGACACAGGCCAGAGUCCAGCCAAUUCGUGCCCACAGAUCCAGAAGCUGUGGUCCAUCGGCCGAUGGGUGCCCCUAGGACCAGCCGAGGAUGACCUUUAUUCAUGGAUUUUGUGCCCGCAGCCGCUUGGGGACUACCAGCAGCUGCUGACCAUCGGCUUCGAGGAGCCCACGCCCACGCUGGCCACCGACCUACUGGUGCAGAUCCUCACGGGCCAGGCAGGCCAGGCCCGGCCUCCGAGCGCAGCCGGGCCUGCGGGGUGGGCAGCGCAGGGGUCUUGAACCUGGGGAAGAGGGUAGGAGCUGGAACUUGACAGUUCCAAACUCCAGAAGAGGGGGCAGGAGAGGGGCUCACUCGUUCUCGCAGUGCAGCCCGGCCUCGCCUUCCAAAGGGCCAGGCCGAGCUGACCUGUCUGCACCGAGUCCGGCUUGGCCGUGGGGCCCUGAAUGUGGACACGUCAGUUUUGUGUUAAAUAAAAGAAAGAAAGAGG